AUGAAUGGACAUAUUUCAAAUACCCCUCCUAGUGUAUAUGGAAGUUACUCUUCUCAAAUAAAUGGAUAUGGUUCGCCAACGUUUGCUCAGGCGGAGAGGGAACAAAGUUCGAAAGCAAGUGCAAAGGCUAUUUAUGAGCAAAGAAAGAGUUAUGCACGGGACAGUGCCAGCAGCAUAUCCGAAACUUCACAGUAUCAUGUGGAGCACUUGACCACUUUUGUUUUGGACCGGAAAGAGGCUAUGAUAACAGUGGAUGAUGGAAUAAGAAAGCUGAAAUUGCUGGAUGCCAAGGGCAAAGUGUGGACUCAAGAUAUGAUUCUUCAAGUGGAUGACAAAGCUGUCAGUCUGGUGGACUUAGAAUCAAAGAAUGAACUGGAGAAUUUUCCUUUGAGCACAAUUCAACAUUGCCAAGCUGUGAUGAACACGUGCAAUUAUGAUUCUAUUCUUGCACUAGUUUGCAAAGAACCAGCCCAAAACAAGCCAGAUCUUCAUCUUUUCCAAUGCGAUGAGGUUAAGGCUAGCUUUAUUCAUGAAGAUAUUGAAAGUGCAAUCAGCGACAGCAAAGGGGGGAAACAAAAGAAGAGGCUUGACACGCUCAGGAUGAUUUCCAAAGCUGACAGCUCUAUUCCUCCACCUCCAAAAGCGCCCGCUCCUGUUCCCCCAGGUACUGUCACACAGGUGGAUGUCAGAAGCCGAGUGGCAGCCUGGUCUGCUUGGGCAGCUGAACAAGGAGACUUUGAAAAACCCAGACAGUUCCAUGAGCAUGAAGAAACAGCUGAGAUGAUGGCAGCAAGGAUUGACAGAGAUGUUCAAAUUCUGAACCAUAUUUUGGAUGACAUUGAAUAUUUUGUUACCAAACUUCAAAAAGCUGCUGAAGCAUUUGCUGAACUUUCAAAGAGAAAGAAAACCAAGAAGAAUAAAAAGAAAGGACCUGGAGAGGGGGUUCUCACUCUUCGUGCAAAGCCACCACCUCCAGAUGAAUUUGUUGACUGUUUUCAAAAAUUCAAGCAUGGCUUUAACCUUCUGGCUAAAUUAAAGUCCCACAUCCAGAACCCUAGUGCACCCGAAUUGGUUCAUUUUCUGUUUACACCAUUAAAUAUGGUUGUGCAGGCAACUGGAGGUCCAGAGCUCGCUGGUACGGUACUCAGCCCUCUCCUAACAAAGGAUACCAUAGAUUUCUUGCGUUACACUAUCAGUAGCGAGGAAGGCCAACUAUGGAUGUCAUUGGGUGACACGUGGACCAAAGCCAGAGUGGACUGGCCCAAAGAUCAGUUUAUUCCACCCUAUAUUCCACGCUUCAGAAAUGGUUGGGAGCCUCCUUUGCUGAGCUUCAUGGGAGCUCCAAAUGAACAAGAACUAAAUCAGUUGGCUGAGUCUGUGGCAAAUGUUGCAGAGCACCAACGGAAACACGAAAUGAAAAGAAUGUCAGCUGAGCAUCCCAGUGUCCCAGACUAUCCUCCAUCUGAUGGGUAUGCAUUCAGUAACACAGUUUACAAAAGAGGGCCUCUGCUGGACCAGGGGGCAGCUGUUGCUGCCUUUAAACAAACUGUUAGCCGACAUGUAGAUAGAAAUUAUGAAGCACACAGUAAGGCACAGCCCAAGAGAUAUGCCAAAUCCAAGUAUGACUUUGUGGCAAGAAACCACAGUGAACUUUCUGUCUUGAAGGAUGAUAUUUUAGAGAUCCUCGAUGACAGAAAACAAUGGUGGAAAGUUCAAAAUAAAAGUGGCCUUGCAGGGUUUGUGCCAAACAACAUCUUGGAUCCACUGCGACCUCAGGAACCUGGUUUAGGACAUUCUGAACCUGCAUACAGUCACACCAUACAGAAACAAAGGAUGGAUUAUGUUCUGAAACAACCCGAUCCCAGUCCUGCUGCUCCAUCACCACCUCCGACACCAGCUCCAGUUCCUGUCCCUCUCCCUCCUAGUACACCAGCACCUAUUCCAGUUCCUGUGCCAAAAGCACCAGGAACCAUUAGUCGCCAAAGCAGCACCUCUAGUGAGAGCGGUGGUAUCAUUAUGCGUGACAGCCAGAGACACAAACAACUUCCUGUGGAUCGUAGGAAAUCUCAGAUGGAAGAGGUACAGGAUGAGCUUAUUCACAGGCUUACCAUUGGCCGGAGUGCUGCCCAGAAAAAGUUCCAUGUGCCACGACCAAACAUACCGGUAGUUAAUAUCACUUAUGAUUCCUCUGCUGAGGAUGUGAAAAUGUGGUUGGAGUCAAAAGGAUUCAGCCCAGUGACUGUCAAUAGCCUUGGAGUGCUGACAGGGGCUCAGCUUUUCUCUCUCAAUAAGGAUGAAUUAAAGACUGUUUGUCCUGAAGGGUCUAGAGUCUACAGCCAAAUUACUGUACAGAAAGCUGCAUUAGAGGCUAACAAUGGUAGCUCAGAACUACAGGAAAUCAUGAGAAGACGACAAGAAAAAAUUAGUGCAGCUGCCUCAGAUUCAGGAGUGGAAUCUUUUGAUGAGGGAAGUAGUCACUGA